AUGGAGUUGAAAGUUCUGAAGAAGAAAAGCGUGCAUUUGACUACUGCGGAUGGUCUUGCAGUGAAAGCCGUAUCUCCGAUGUGGUCCCACAAACCAGUUGUCGGAGGCAACAACAACAAUAACAAUCAGUCAAAGAUGCCGACGUUUGGGACUCAAGUGACGGUUAUGCGACAGGAAGAGAAAGACCUUCUCAAGAUGCAAAUGAAGCAGGAGAAGAAGAUGAAGCGAAAGAAUGGGACCAGAGGAGACGAAGAAGAAGAGGAUGACGACGAAGGCGACGAGGCCGUGAAACAGUUGAUUGAGCAAGAGCUUUUGGAGGCGAGAAGUCGGCCAUUAUUCACACCAUCGCAGCCAGUAAAAUUGCCAAAUGUUUUCGAUUCCAUGCAGGAGAUCAAGCAAAUGCCAGGUACUGUUGGCGGGACGAAAAUCAUGCUUCCGUUGAACACGGAGCGUUUUCAAGCCAAAGAAUGGGAAGAAGUUCGAAUCCCUGUGAGUCCCGCACUUCCGAAUGGCAUCGAAAAGCGGAAGUUGAUACGAAUCAACGAACUAGACGAGGUUGGAAAGCUGGGGUUUCGUGGGUUGAAGACGUUGAACCUGAUUCAGAGCAUCGUGUUUGACACUGCGUACAACAAAAGCGAGAACAUGUUGAUAUGUGCGCCCACAGGCGCCGGAAAAACGAACGUGGCCUUGUUGACCGUCCUCUCUCUUGUCAAACAAUUUUCUACACUGUCUUCCAAAGGAGUCCAUGUGAACAAGGAACUGUUCAAGAUUGUGUACGUUGCACCAAUGAAAGCAUUGGCUGCUGAAAUGGUGUCAACAUUCUCCAAGAAACUGGAGCCCUUCAAAAUGUUGGUCCGAGAGUUGACCGGUGAUAUGCAGUUAACCAAGACGGAAAUCAUGCAGACGUCGAUGAUUGUGACGACGCCGGAAAAGUGGGACGUCGUCACUAGAAAGCCAGGUGAAAUAUUCAAGAUUGCGAAAUUCCUUUUGCUGGGGGGCGACAGUGCGCUGAUUUCGUUGGUGAAGUUGUUGAUUAUAGACGAGGUGCAUUUGCUGCACGGAGAUCGUGGACCUGUUGUGGAAGCCCUGGUGGCGAGAACCAAACGACAGGUGGAAGCUGCUCAAGUGCCGAUUAGAGUAGUGGGUCUCAGUGCGACGUUACCGAAUUACUUGGACGUGGCGAGGUUUUUGUGGGUGAAGCCAGAAACUGGUCUGUUCUUCUUUGAUUCACGCUUCAGACCUGUUCCUUUGGGCAUGACUUUUAUUGGAGUGAAAUCCUUGAACACGAUGCAGCAAGCCAAAGAAAUGGACUCUGCGUGCUACGAACAAGUGAAGCGGUUUGUGCAGAAUGGUCAGCAAGUGAUGGUGUUUGUUCACGCGAGGAAUGCGACGGUGCGAGCGGCGACUUUGAUGCGUGACACGGCCGUGAGCACGGGCCAGGCGGAGAUUUUCAAAUCCGAACAGAAUGCGGCAUUUAGCAACGCGCAGAAGGCUGUGCAAAAAUCGAAGAAUAAGCAGCUGAGGGAGCUGUUUGAUUAUGGCUUUGCGAUGCAUCAUGCCGGGAUGCUGAGACCCGAUCGGUCAAUGGUGGAGAGAUUAUUUGCCGAUGGAUAUAUCAAAGUUUUGGUUUGUACCUCGACGCUGGCUUGGGGAGUGAAUUUACCUGCGCAUGCUGUUGUCAUCAGGGGAACGGAAAUUUAUGAUGCCAAGUACGGAUCGUUUGUCCAAUUGAGCAUUUUGGACGUGAUGCAAAUUUUUGGGAGGGCUGGUCGUCCUCAGUUUGAUACUUCCGGCCAUGGUGUGAUCAUCACAACUCACGACAAAUUAUCACAUUUCCUGUCCCUUCUCACGCGUCAAUUCCCUAUUGAGUCUUCUUUUCUGAAUCUGUUGGCUGACAACCUGAACGCCGAGGUUGCAUUGGGGACUGUGACGAAUUUGAGAGAAGCUGUGGAAUGGUUGAGUUACACGUAUCUUUACGUGCGGAUGUUGAAGAACCCCAUGGCCUAUGGAAUCCGUUACGACGAGCUUGAAAAGGACCCGAACCUCGUGAUAGAGCGGGAAAAGCAAAUCCGAGUUGCUGCCAUGGCUUUGGACAAAGCUCGAAUGAUCAGGUUUGACGAAGCUUUAGGCUACAUGCACUCAACGGACACGGGACGAAUCGCCUCCACGUUUUACGUGAAAUACGCGACAAUCGAAAUUUUCAACGAGCUUCUGACGCCGUUUUUGAACGAAGCUCAGUUGCUGGGAACGAUUUCCAAGGCCGAGGAGUUUAAUCAAAUCAAGGUGAGAGAUGAAGAAUUGGAUGAACUGGAUCACUGCAAAGCUGAGUGGUGCGAUUUGCCGGUUCCUGGAGGCUCGGAAAAUUCGUAUGGAAAAGUCAACAUCCUGUUGCAGUCCCAUGUUUCCCAACAUCGUCUCGAAGCCUUUUCGCUAGUGUCUGAUCAGGCGUACGUAAUUCAGAAUGCUCAGCGAAUAGCGAGGGCUCUAUUUGAAAUCGUUCUGCACAAGAACUGGCCCACGUUGACCAUCAGGACCCUUACUUUUGCAAAAGUACUUGAGCGCCAGAUGUGGGCCUAUGAACACCCGUUGAGGCAACUCAGUGGAAUCGUUGCCCCGGAAGUUUUGGACAAACUUGAUCAAUGGAAAGUUCCGAUUGAAGAAUUACGUUACAUGGAUACCAAAGAAAUCGGUCAGUUCCCAGCACGGUUGCAAGUUCCCAGCAGAAAACCUAGUGGUAGCGAGAUGCUUCAUCACCAACGAGCAGCAUUGGAUGUGAAACGAGCAGCCUGGUACGUGCCUUGCAUAGAGCUGUCUGCCACAGUGCAACCCAUCACCAGGACCGUGCUUCGGGUUCGUGUAUCGGUGCUUGCGGAUUUCACGUGGAGCGAACGGGUUCACGGGCGUUCCGGGGAACCCUUUUGGCUCUGGGUCGAGGACCCCGAGACGAACCACACGUAUCACCACGAGAGCUUCCUUCUGACCAGGAAGCACCUGGUGGGGAAGUCUGGGAAAGAUGACGGCCAACGCGGGAAGGACGGAAAAGAAGACUCGGGUUUGCAGCUGGCCUUCACUAUCCCAGUGACGGAACCCAUGCCCAGCCAGUACCUGAUUCGAUGCGUGUCUGACCGUUGGCUGGGGGUCGAAGCCGUGUGUGCCCUCAGCUUUGCUCGACUCAUUUUACCCGAACGACAUCCCCCGCAUACUGUGCUUCUGGACUUGAUCCCUUUGUCCAUUCGCACUGUGCUUUCGGACGUGGACCCGGCUGUGCUGCAGGCCCUGUAUCCCAAGAUGUCUCAUCUGAAUCCGAUUCAAACGCAGAUGUUUCACUUGUUGUAUCACACGGAUAAGAAUGUGCUGUUGGGUGCCCCGACGGGUUCGGGGAAGACCGUCGUGGCGGAGUUGGCCAUGUUGAGGGUGUUUGGGACCAAGCCCAAGGGCGCUGACAAGGUGGUGUACAUCGCUCCGAUGAAAGCCCUUGUCCGAGAGCGGAUGCAGGACUGGGGCGUCCGUCUGCCCUCGAAACGCAUCGUGGAACUCACUGGCGACGUGACGCCCGACGCCCGGGCCAUCAACGACGCCCACAUCAUCGUGACGACGCCCGAGAAAUGGGACGGCAUCUCGAGAAGUUGGCAAACGCGGCAAUACGUCCAGGCAGUGGCCCUCAUUAUCCUGGACGAGAUUCAUUUGUUGGGCGAGGACCGAGGCCCCGUGUUGGAAGUGAUCGUCUCGAGAACGAGUUUCAUUGCGGCGCACACGCAACGUUCGUUGAGGAUCGUGGGUUUGUCGACGGCCCUGGCGAAUGCCCAGGAUUUGGCAGCGUGGAUCGGUGUGGAUGGGCCGGGGUUGUAUAAUUUCCGGCCCAGUGUCCGACCCGUGCCCCUGGAAGUGCACAUUCAGGGGUUCUCUGGUGAGAUUUACCGCGGGCAAUGCCGGGGUACGAGAGGGUUGUCCCAGUUCUGCUUGGCCUUGAGUAUUUCCGGAGUGUACAAAAAAAUACAUCAUGUAGCCGAUGCAAUUUUAAGAGUCUGGGUAUUUUUUUUUAGAUUUGUAGAAAAAAUUUCAGAUUUACUCCAUGAUGAUCAGUUAAAACUUUCCACUUCCGGGAAGCAUUAUUGUCCCAGGAUGUUGACGAUGAACAAGCCCACGUUUCAAGCCAUUAUGACGCAUUCGCCGGACAAACCGACUCUGGUUUUUGUGGCGUCUCGACGACAAACUCGGCUCACUGCCAUGGAUUUGAUCACGUUUCUGGCGGCAGAAUCCAAUCCCAGGCAAUGGCUUCGAUGUGACGAACGGCGAAUGAACAACUUACUGCAGAAUGUUCGGGACCAGAAUUUGAAAGUCACGCUUUCAUUCGGAGUCGGAAUCCAUCACGCUGGUUUGCAUGAACAAGAUCGUCGCUUGGUUGAAGAGCUUUUUGUAAGCCAACAAAUUCAGGUGCGACUUCACUAUUUUAUCUACUAUUUUAUUUUCAAAAGUGUCGUUCUAUUAGGUCGUAAUUUACACAAUUCAAUAAUUUCCCCGGUGUCUCCUUUCGAAUCUGAGGCGGCAAAAAUCAGAGUCUUGUGCUGCGAAAAUAGGCCGCCGCAUUUUUUGAGUCAGUGUGGCCUAUAUCUGGAAUAUUGGCCGCAUCAACAUUCUGGAGUGGCCUUUUUUGCGAAAAACUGGGGAGUGGAUCCCCACGUUUUGGUGGCGACUGCGACUUUGGCUUGGGGAGUGAAUUUCCCCGCUCACUUGGUCGUCGUUAAGGGAACUGAAUAUUUCGACGGGAAAACCAAGCGUUACGUGGACUUCCCUAUAACGGAUGUUUUGCAAAUGAUGGGUCGAGCUGGACGACCGCAAUUUGAUGACCAAGGAAUAGCUGUAGUCAUGGUACACGACCUGAAGAAGGCAUUUUACAAGAAGUUCUUGUACGAACCCUUCCCUGUGGAAAGUUCCUUGUUGGCUGUGCUUUCUGACCACAUGAAUGCUGAAAUCGUUGCAGGGACCGUGACGUCGAAACAAGAUUGCCUGGAUUACUUGACUUGGACUUUCUUUUUCCGACGUUUGUUGGAGAAUCCGAGUUACUAUGGACUUGAGUCUCUGGAGCCGGAAAAUGUCAACGUUCACUUGUCCGGCUUGGUUGACAAAUCUGUGCGGGAAUUGGAAGAGAGUGGAUGUUUGGAAUUGGACGAAGAUGGACGAACUCUGCAUGCCACCGUGGCUGGUCGAAUAGCGUCGUUGUAUUACUUGAGUCACAAAACGUUGGCUUUGUUUCAAGACCGGUUGAGGUCGGAUUGCACCUUGGAGGACUUGUUGCGUUUGUUGAGUGACGUGCAAGAAUAUGCCGAGUUGCCUGUUCGGCACAACGAGGACCUGCAAAACGCGGAUUUGGCAAAGCUGUGUCGAAUAAAGUUGGACUCGAGCUCCAUGGACUCGGCGCACACGAAGGCGCAUUUGUUGUUCCAGGCGAGAUUUUCUCGACUUCCGUUGCCCAACUCUGAAUAUGAGACGGAUUUGAAGUCAGUUCUCGACCAGGCCAUUCGAAUCAUCCAGGCGAUGCUGGAUGUUUCGAGUGAGAAAGGACUCUUGGCAACUGCCCUAAGGGUUCAGAACCUGUUGCAAAUGAUAAUUCAAGCUCGCUGGCAAAAAAUGAUCGACGGAGGGAAACAGAGGAUAGACUCUCUACCCAAGCUCUUGCUUCGGAUGUCGGAGUGUGGAGAAAAUGAAGCAUAUGAGACCCUGGCACAUGCUUUGCGAAAGGACGAUUCUCUGGACGAAGCCGGUGUGGAAGCUGUGUUUGACGCUGUUUGCAGACUUCCCUUGAUUCAACUGGACGCUGUGACUCUUAUUCCGUCAUCAUCAUCUUCUUAUUCUUCAAAGGAGGAUAAAUGCGAGGAAAUCCCUGUCGACGUUCCCAUCGAAGGCAAGAGUCAAACGAGUACAGCGAAGAUGAACUGGACUACGAUCGCCUGCGGCACAGAAUACACCCUGAGGGUAAAAGUGCGUCGCAGAGCCGGACACGCAAAGAUGAGGCAUUCUCAAAGAGCUGUUCAGAAGACGCAUCGAGGCUUUUCUGGUGGUGAUGGUGUCUUUGACAGUGAUAAAAAAGGCAGUGAUCGCCGGAAUGCUGGUGGGAACAAUAAAUGGAAUACUGCUGCCGUGACACCGGCAUGGAAUAAAGGAAAAGACGAAGGCUGGUUCCUGGUGCUGGGAUGUGUUGACAGCGGAGAGUUGCUGGGACUGAAACGUGUUGGUUACAUUGCAACCAGAGCAACUUUCCAUCUCACAUUCCAUACCCCACCUGCACCGGGACGUUUGCUGCUUACCUUGUACCUGGUGUCCGAUUCCUACCUGGGACUAGACCAGCAAUUCGACAUCCCUCUUCAGCUGGACCCCAGCAGGUCCCAAGACAACCCCGGGAACGAUGAGGAAGAUGACUUCCACAUGGAAGAUGCAAAAGCACCUGCGUGGAACGGAUCCCAACGCAAAGAUGAGGAAGUGGAGCAGGAGUUCAGAGACAAGGAAGAAGAAUUUUGGCUCGCUUUUGGCAGCAAGUGAUUGAGGAGGAUUUGGAAAAAAAAGGGGGAAUAUGGGGUUUCCAAUAUGCCAGCGAAUUAUUAUUUUUUGUGAUUUUGUUGUUUGAAUCGCUUCUGAUGAUGAUGUUGAUCGAUGGUCAGGUAACGCGAAAAGAAAGAAAGCAGUUAUUCUCAAUGA